AUGGAAGUUAUUCCGGAUUCUGAUAUAGAGAUUGAGAGGAUACAGCUUCCCACAAAUGUUUCGCAACCAAAGUUAAGGAGGCGUAACCUACGAAGAAGGACAUUCUCUCAACGGCAUGUGUUUACCAAAGAUUUGGCCGAGUUGUUGGGGCUAGCCACCGAAGAGGACUUUGAAAAGUGGGAGGAUGACGGACUAGACGACGAAGAAAUUACACAGAAACUUUCCAGAAAUUAUGACAGAAUGAGAAUAAAAUUUGAGGCCAAACAAGUCAAAAGACAUCCCUUUAAGAAAUCAAGUUUCGACCAAUAUGUCGUUGACUUUCGGAAUUACCAGGCUAAUAACAAAUCGUCGAGAGGAUUUUACGAACUACUUCAAACAAUUGAUACUCAUAAAAAGCAACAUGACAUACCGAGAUUGACGUCAGAUGAAGAAGAGGAUGGCCACGAUAGUAAAGAGAAACAAGAUUACCCCACGACACGAUCCCCCCAAAGAGACACACUAAAGGUGGAUUUGAAUGUACCUAUUAUAAACCUUGAUACUUCAUCUCCGAUACAACAUAGAAACAGCAUAAAUCAACCUAGGUUAGAGGCCACUGAAGAAAAUUGCAGUGCCCCUAGGGAUAGAAACACAUUGGAACACGACACUUACGAACUCCCACCAGAUGAACCAUCAGAAUAUACUGAGCCAAUUGACUUAGAUCUACAUCGGGUUCCAAGCUCGCCGGAGGUAGCUAAAUCGACUUCAACUUCUCGAUUUAGAUCUCGUAAAUUCAGCCAGACACAUAUCUAUACAACUUACAACAGUGUUCUACUACACUUAUUGACCGGUGAUCAAUUAGACGAGCUAUAUGAAGGGGGAAAAUCCGUGAAGGAGAUAAAUGAUAUUCUGGACCAUAUGUACCAACAAAAAUAUCAAAGAAUGGAACGUGAAGACAACCUUCCAAAGUUGUACAGGCAAAGACCAACCUUUUUUGAUUGGCUUUCAAAUAAUGAAAGACCUACUCAACAUUUAGUAUCAGAGUCUGAGAAUGACUCCGAAUACUCGCAAAAUGAAACUGAUCAAAGCUCACUGAUCGGAAAUGAUUCAGAAUUUGAAUCUGACACCGAGCAGAUGGAUAGUUCUCCAAAAGCUGUCUUCAGAGGGAGGGAAUACAGAAGCUUGAAUGACAUGACUAAAGGUGUUCUACCAGCAUCUUAUUUCAAAACCUCAUUUUAUCACGAUUCCAUCAAAAGAGCCACUACCAAGAGUAUUCAAAUGAACUCGAAGAAAAGAAAGAUAAACCAAACUGAGACUAACCAGCCGUCUAUAUCUACUUUCAUCAACGAUGCUUACAUUUCAGAUAAUUCUGAUUUGGAGCUCAAUACUAAUCCAUUUGUGGAUUCUAAUGACUACAAUGAUCAUCUAACGCCUGCUGUGGAUCUGACGCAUUACAACACUCAAGAUAAUGUGGAUGUACUGGAGGAUAAUCGACCUGAAAUUGAUUUUAUGUUGACUAGAAGCUCAAACGGACAUAAUACUGCAAACAAAACAAAAAGUAGAAACAGUACUUCAAGGCAUUCACCACGCAUAACGAAUCGUAGAUCACGUAAGACAAAAAGUUUUCCAGCCCAACAUUCAGUCACCACUACAGUCAAACAGCGUUCUUUUAUCAAUUCAAGAAAGAAGCAAUCAGCCAUAACUAAGAGUUUCAAAAAUCAGGGUCAGUCUGUAUUAGAAUGCAGCGCAGGGCAUCUCAAGAAAUUUGUAAAGGAUGACAGAUUUGAAUACAAUAGGGAACCUCUAAUUACUAUGAAUCCUUUUGUCAGUGAUGUGGUCUAUUUACCACAACCAACCAGGGAUAUAAUGGCACCUAUUGUCUUGAAUGAUAUAACCAAUACAGGACAAUCAGACUUGUUUCUCAACUCCAAGGUAAUGAGAAGCACCUUGGAGAUUGGAGAACCCACCUUUUAUUAUGGUCCGGAUAGUGAUAAAUUAGAGCUUAAGAUCCAAGGGAACAUUUUAGUGCUUUCUUUGCUAGACAAAGAAGGUUCAAUUAGCAACAUAAAUUCUUUCAUCAACUCUGUGUUGUCAAUCGUUAAGCGGGGACAUCUGAUGGAGAUCGAUUACCUGUGUUUUGUUGAAGGUUUAAAACGUCUUUUAGAGUGGACUCUUUACUUGUCAAACUCAAAAACAGACACUAAGCCAUUGCUCAAGACAUUUUUAAGACUAUCUGAAUUGGCGGACAAACUUCCUCCAACUACUGGAUCUAUUACUACCCUGGGAUAUUUGAGCUUAUUGUUUUGGCAAACAUUCAAACUUUACUCAAAAUUUAAUGGAUCCGAGUCAGGAGCUACGCUCAGUUUGCAAAUAACUUUCAAGAAAAUAGUGCAAUGUUACUUUGAAGCUAUAAUAGCGUUUGGGAUCCACAAGUUCCAUCAACAUAUCAAGAUGGAUGACACUCAUCUUGAAACACUAAAGAUAGUGCAUACCAUUUUAACUAAGGAUGAUCCCUUUGGAUUCUGGAUGGAAAUUAAUAGAGCUCUCAGCAGUCGCCUAAGGUCUUCCCCUCAAGAGACUUUGGAUAUCAGCAGUGAUAUUACGCUGCUUUUUGUGACUUAUCUUGAUCUUCCAGAAAACUGGUCACUACUCUUUCAACUAUGUAAAAGCUUUGCAAUCCUUAAGUGGUUUUCAGGAGACACUCCAAGUAACUUAUUGAGGCAAUUUCACAUGCUUCACCAAGUGAAGGGAUGGAAAAUCACUUUUGAUGUUGUAUCUGUGGCUUAUAAGAUCAUUUCUGCCAACAAAUUUGAUAAUUUUGACUGUGAUGAUCUAAAUUUGGAGCUUCUUAACGAAGUAGUCAGUCCCGAGGCGUUAGUGAAAGAUAGUACGAUGGUUUUAUAUUUGAGGCUUUUAAAAUUGUUCAAAGAUACCUCCCCUGGAAAAUUAGAACUAAACUCAUUAGAUCGAAUUGUACCAAUUGGAAUGAUCAAACAUGAUAACCAUCAGAUUCUUCAGAAUAGAAUUAAUUUGCUGCUUACAAUGACAUGGCUUUUUGGUGAGCACAUUGAUUUUACCCAGAACUGGCUUUCGAUUCUGGAUGCAUCUUUUGACUUUAAAACUCAAAACUCAAUUCAAAUGAUAACUCAGGCCAUCACGAGAGUAACUGAACAUAAUCUAACUCUUGGGAAACCGCUCUCCUUUGAUCUUAUUUCUCAGUUUUUCAAAAGAUUCACUGAUGCUUCCCGAGUAACAAAAUUUGUUUAUCCCAAAUCUUUGAUCAACGAGUUAUCCGCCAUUGUUCGCAAGGGAUACUUUUCUUUAACAAAAAACUCAUUACGGUAUCGAGUAAUUGAGUCAAUCGAAAGCAUAUUUUUGUUUCCAGAUCACGUAUUCAUAUCGCUUGGUGUUGAGCUGUUUUUGACCUUUUUAGAACCAUAUUUUUCGAGUGAUGAGUACGAUGAAGGUGAUAUGUCUUUCAAACUGAGAGAUCGGAUCAAACGUAAGUUUUACGGGUUGAUUUCGAACGACAUAACAGAGGCUUUAAAACUAGGAGAAACGAAAGAGGAGUAUUUCUUACUUACACAAUUGUAUGUGAAGAUCAGCGUUCUAUUGGAAAUUGAUUCUGGAAAGCUACUUUAUUUGGACUGGAAAUGCAAAGGAUCAGUUGAAGAAUUGCGAAAAUACGAGUUGGUGUUCUACACUUCUUUACUGAGGUACGGCGACAGUAAAGAAGUGUUUCAAACAGGUUCCCAAGAAUUUUUGAAAUGCAUUGCUUAUCAUGUACCCAGAAAUGACAGCAUGCUUUUUCCUUUUGUUAACGAAAUAAAUCCCUUCUUACAUAUACCAGAGGCUGACAUAUUUCUGGUAUCCAGUAUUGUUUUUGAUAAUUUAAGAAGUCAAUUUGGACGGGCAUUUCUGAAUCAUGUCUUCCUGCAGAAAGUCAACAAGGAUGAUAUUAUGGAUAUCCUAAUUGACUCGAUUUAUCAACUCCACAGCACUAACCAUGAAUCGGAUAUAGCAACUGUUUCUAUGCAUCGUGAUCUAAUAUCUUUUUUGAACAGAAAGGCGUCUCUUCAACUCAGGUACAAUUCACGUUUCUGUUUUUUGAGGAAUGCAUUUGGAAUCAAAGCCCCAGAUUUAAACGUGGUGGAGUUCGAACAAUCAUUUUUAGAACAGAACUCAGACCUAAAGAAAAUAAUAUUCUUGGAGAAAGAGCUAAUUCAUUCAAUGGGGCAAGCGGACAUGCAUGGUCUACUUCGAAAGAUGAAAAAAUUAUUUGCAAACUACGAAUCUCCUCACAAAGAUUACAGAAACUCGAGAUAUUACUUUCUUUCUUUAUUGAUUUGUAUCCAUGUGAAGUUAAUUCCCAAGAUGACCUUGAAUUGGGUCAUAGUCUCUUUAUUGUUGGAGUUCCUUCACGAGAUAAUUCUUCAAAAAUGCACAUUAACACAACCUGAUGUUUGGUGUCUCUGCAAGCUGCAGUACUCCUUUAGUGAGUUGAGUAACUUUCGCAACUCCAAGUACCAAUAUUAUGAGUUUUCAUCGCUUAGAUAUAUUGCCGAAAUUCUGCAUGUGGUACUGGGUGUAUUCGCUGGAUAUCAAGACCAAAAGGAUUAUUGUGAUUUAAUAAAGUAUGCGGUUCGCAGGGAGUACCUUUAUGAGCGUAUACAAGUUGAAAAUACAUAUCUAUUUGCAUCCAGUGAUAUGAUUUCAGAAACAUCUGACCUCUUAAGUCAAAGCAAAGAUUCGAUGAAGUUCGAUACCAGAGAACUCCUUAUUGAUGAUCAAAAAAUAGAAUGCGAAAUGGCAUUUGCAAGACUAGAAAUCGCAUUAGGGGAACUUGAUCAAAAUGUUGAUGUCGAUGUUUCCCCACCAUCAGAAAUUACACAGUUUAUUUAA